AUGAAUCUUUUGAGAGGACUAGGGAAAGCUGGGACGGACACUCUCGGGGGAGUUAUGAAAGGAGCCGGGAAGCUGGUCGAAACCGUGGGGGACGUCGCCGAGAAGGCCCCAAUCGUCGGUGGCGUAGGCACUGUCGUCGAGGCUACCGGAAAGGCCAUCGAAAACAUCGGCGAGAAAACUGAGGACUUUGGAGAAGAAGUAUUUGACAAGAAUGAAAAUAACCCAAAACAAGGUUUCGACCAACUUAAGGAAGAUUACGACGACAACGAUAUAGAUGAAGCAGAGAAGAAGUUAAUGAACGAUGAAAACAGAGGAGUGGGAGACGAUUCCGAGGAUUCCGACGACGACGACGAAGCCAUUGCAAAGGCAAUCCCCAAGAAUUUCUCCCUCAAAUCCACACGUAACAACAAAUACCUUCGCUACAUUAGUGAAAGCGAAGACACCGACGGGCUUCUCCGAUUCUCCGGCAAAAACAUUGUCGGCCCAUAUUCAAAAUUUGCAAUUCGCGCAUCCCAAACAGAGCCAGGAUUGGUUCAUAUAAGAUGCUGUUACAACAACAAAUUCUGGGUUCGUUUGUCAGAGGAUUCCAACUACAUUGCAGCCAUUGCCAACGAAGAAGAAGAAGACCAAUCAAAAUGGUCCUGCACUCUGUUCGAACCCAUUUUCCUGCCGGACAAAAAACAACACUACAUCCGACAUGUUCAACUCAAUACCUUUCUAUGUCUGGCCGAAUCAGACCCUUCACCCUACAACGAUUGUCUAGCAGCAAGAGUUGAAGACAUAUCCACCAUUGACGACAAUCUUGUUCUCUUAACCGCCAUGGAUUGGGACUCCAUAUUCAUACUCCCAAAAUACGUAGCUUUCAAGGGUAACAACGGCGAAUAUCUCGAACCCUCUGGAAAAUACCUCAAAUUCUCUGCUUCUAACGUGGAGGAUUCAUCGGUCGUGUUUGAGAUCAUAUCCCAACAAGAUGGGUAUGUUCAUAUCAAACAUGUUAAUUCCGGUAAGUAUUGGGUUCGAGACCCGAAUUGGAUAUGGUGUGAAUCGACAAACCCAGGACAGGACAACCCCAAUGCUCUGUUUUGGCCUGUCAAAGUGGACAGCAACAUCGUGGCACUUCGCAACAAAGGCAACAACCAUUUCUGCAAGAGACUCACGACGGAAGGAAAGACCAAUUGCCUCAAUGCUGCCGUUGUGACCAUUACAGACACUGCACGUUUGGAAGUGGUGGAGAUUGUUGUUGCUAGAAGCAUUGAAGAUGUGGAGUAUCGUGUUAAUGAUGCGAGGGUUUACGGGAAGAAGAUACUCACCGUGUCAAAAGGGGUAGCCAUUAACAACACGGAGGUUGCUGACAAGGUAGUUAUGAAAUUCAGGUACGAGAAGAAGGUGGAAACCAGUUGGAGUUCAUCUGUGUCGUCGACAUUUGGGAUUUCCACGAAGGUGUCAGCGAAGAUUCCAACGGUGGGGAAAUUGAAGUUUGAGCUUUCAAUGGAGGUUUCUAAGGGCAGCAGUGAGGGAACGAAGGAGGAGGAGAAGUCAUUUGUAGAGACAGCUGAAACCAUAACCAUACCUCCGAUGUCAAAAGUGAAAUUCAGUGCAGUGGUAACUCAGGCUUGCUGUGAUGUGCCCUUUUCGUACACUCAAAAGGACACUCUAAAGGAUGGAAGGCAGGUGAGCCAUCGUUUGGAGGAUGGGAUAUUCAGAGGUGUCACCACUUAUGACUAUAAAUUUGAGACUGAAAAGUUUCCACUUUGA